GUGAGGUCACAUCCUGGUAAGAAACUGUACAGAUGUGAAGAAUAUGGCAAACAAUUUUUAUCAGAAAGUGCUUUAAAAAUACACCUGAGGAUACAUGUGCAGGAGAAAUUAUACAGUUGUAAAGUGUGGGGGAAGAAAUCUAGGAGUAACAGUCAACCCCAUGAGAAGGUACACACUGGAGAUAAACCUUACAGUUGUUUAGCUUGUGAUAAAGUAUUCAAGACUAAAAGCCGUCUUUAUACACAUCAGAAGAUACACGCUGAAGAGAAAUCUUACAGUUGUUCAAUGUGUGGCAAAGAAUAUGCAAGAAGCAGUCAACUCAAAACUCAUGAUAUUACAGACACUGGAGAGAAACCAUACAGUUGUGUAGUGUGUGGGAAUAAAUUAUUAACAAAUAAUAAUAUAAACAAACAUAUGAAAACACAUACUGGGGAGAAACCAUACAGUUGUUUAGAGUGUGGAAAAACAUACUUAACAAAUACUAAUUUAAAAAUACAUCAGAGAAUACAUACUCGGGAGAAACAAUACAGUUGUGUAGUGUGUAAGAAUCAAUUUUUAACAAAUAGUAGUUUAAACAAACAUAUGAAAACACAUACUGGGGAGAACCCAUACAGUUGUGUAGUGUGUCAUAAAGGAUUCCUAAACAAUAAUCAUUUAAAACGACACGAGAGAGUACAUACUGGAGAGAAAGAGUACAGUUGCAUAGUUUGUGAUAAAACAUUUAAGACUAAAAGUAGUCUUACUACACAUAAGAGAUUACACACUGGAGAGAGACCGUACAUUUGUGUAGUGUGUAAUAAAGGAUAUCGAAGUAAUUGCCUGUUAAAACAACACGAGAAAGUACAUACUGAAGAAAAACCAUAUAGUUGUUUAGUGUGUGGUAAAAGAUUUUUUAAAAAUAGUAAUUUAAAAGUACAUCUGAGAACGCAUACUGGGGAGAAACCAUAUAGUUGUUUGGAGUGUGGAAAAACAUACUUAACAAAUAGUAGUUUAAAUGUACAUCUGAGAACACAUACUGGGGAGAAACCAUACAGUUGUUUAGAGUGUGGAAAAAGUUUUUUAACAAAUAGUAACUUAAAAGUACAUCUGAAAACACAUACUGGGGAGAAACAAUACAGUUGUGUUGUGUGUCGUAAAGUAUUUCUAAGCAAUAGUGAAUUAAAACGACAUGAGAGAAUACACUGGGGAAAAACCAUACAGUUGUGUAGUUUGUGAUAAAACAUUUACAUGUGAAAAUGGUCUUAACAGACAUGAGAAGAAACACACAUUAGAACACAUGAAGUGAUACAGAAUAAGGAGAACCAAACAGUUUUGUAAUGUAUAUUAAAUAAUUCAGAAUAAUUUAUUUUAAAACUAUUGGGAAACUUGUGGUGAUGAAUUCACAUAACACACACUGGAGAGUAACUACUUUGUUGUUUGGAAUUUGUAAGAAAUAGUAACAUAGAAAACAUAUGAAUACACACUGUACAGCUGUUUAGUAAGGAAAGUGUAGGUAUUUAAAAAUACAUAGAGUUAAAGGAAAAUUUCAAAUCUCUAAAGUCGAAGUGGUGACGUGUUGAAGGAAGAUAAUAAAAAUAUACAUGAAGUUUACAAGUUUGUUGGAAAUAAACUGCAUAGCAAAUACACUUGAGGAUUAAACAUUUCUCUUAGGUUGUGGAUAAAGGAAUGAAUGCACUGGAGUCAAAUUUUGAAGUUUAUAUAUGAUACAAAUUCUUGAUAUGAAACCAGUAUAUGUAGUUAGAAGAUAAAUAGUACAGGUCGUGAUGAGAACUUUUAUCCAUAGAGUAGAUAAACAGUGUUUGUGUAAUGAAAGAUAUUUAUUGAAACAACAAUUGAUACACGUUUUUUUUUGUUAUGUGUGUGGUUCUUUGACUGUAAAAGUUAUAGUUACAAUAAAAUAUGUAAACAAUGUUA